AUGAUUAUCCCCGUGCGCUGCUUUUCUUGUGGAAAGGUCGUUGGUGACCUGUGGGAGCGCUACCUGCAGUUGCUUGACGAAGGUGUCCCUGACGGUGAUGCUAUGGACCAACUCGGCCUUCGCCGCUAUUGCUGCCGCCGAAUGGUUAUGACCCACGUUGAUCUCAUCGAGAAGCUCCUCCGCUUCAACUCGGCUGAGAAGGAUCGUGUGAAGCCCGACAAUUAA